AUGGUGGUGUUUUUGAGUUUAAAAAAUUUAUGGAUUAAUGAAAAGGUAUUAAUUCCUUAUAUGAACAGAAUAAAUUCAGCAAAUAAAGUUAGCAUAUCUUCAAUAGUGCAUAACAGGACAACAGUAAAUUUGAACAACUUAAACAAUGUAGUUGCACUGAUGUAUAGUUAUAAAAAUGGAUGUACCAAAAGUGGAAGGAGGUACCAUAUGUGCAAGAGUUAUAAUAAUUUAGCAGACAUUUUGCUUAAUACAAAUUAUAAUCGUAUGCACAGUAAGCGCAUGCAAGCGAGAGAACGGAGUAUGCUUGGUGUGAACUGUGUAUAUAGAGUGAAUAAUGUGAACAAGGAAUAUAAGAUAAAGGGAAAAAUGAAAUACGGUGACAGCUUAACUAGUUAUCUAUUUGAUUCAAAUCAAAUUAAGAGGAAUGUUUUUAUUAACUCGUCUAAUAUAUACAGAAUAGGAAAUUGCUAUUCGAGAGGGUUUAGUGCUAAUUCAAAAAAUAUGAAUGAGGCAGCGGCGGCGGAAAAGUUAGCUGAGCAAGAAUCAGCUGUAGAAGAAUUAGGCGCAAAAGCAGUAAACAUGUCAAGCGGUACUAACACUUCUAGGAGUGGCAAUAAUGUCUCUAAAGAGAGUACCCCCCUUAAUAGGGAGGGUAAGAAGAAAACGUUAAAAGAACUGUACAUAGAUAAAAAAGAAAAAGAAAGGAUGAUAAAAAUGUAUUUACUUUUAAGUCUGUUGUUAAUGCCCUUUGGGUAUACAUACAUGUAUUGUAUUCAAAAUGAUAUAAGCGUAAAUGAGUUAAUAAAGAUUCUAAAAAAAAAAGCAGAAGUUUUAGAAAAUAAAUACAAUGAUACAUUACAUGAAUUUAUAGAUAAAUAUUUUCCAUUAAGUAAUGAACCAUUAUUACCUGACUUCAAAGAUUUAAAUUAUCCUGAAAAUUUACCAACUUUAGUAAUAGAUCUAAAUUAUGUAAUUGCAAAAUUAGAAUAUGAUAGAAAAACAGGGUGGAGAGUAUUAAAGAGGCCUUACGCUGAUUUAUUUUUUAAAGAAUUAUCAAGUUUUUAUGAAAUUGUUAUAUGGUCUGAUGACAAUUUUCCUGUGGCCCAAGAAGUUAUAUCCAAGUGGGGUAUACCAGCUAUAGGAUGUUUACAUAGAGACCAAUGCUCAAAAAAAAAAAAGUAUUAUGUGAAAGAUUUAAAAAGAUUAGGUAGAAAUUUAAAUCGCGUUGUUAUAAUAGAUCAUGAUGUACAUGCUUUUAUGCUUCAACCAGAAAAUGGAAUAUUAAUAAAAGAAUUUCAUGGGGAUGUAAAUGAUAAAGAAAUUUUAUGCUUAAUUGAUUUACUAAAAUCAUUUGCUAUUAGCACUUAUGAUAUUUCACAAUUUUUAAGAAAAUAUGGAGGGGGCGAUUAUAACAUAGGUAAAAGAUAUUUACAACUAAAAAGUGACACAGAACAAAAGUCACAACGAAUUAGAAACAUUGGUAAAAUAUUUCACUUAGAUAAUAAAAAAACACCCAAUGGAAUUUCCUUCAAUUCGUGA